CUCAUGGAUAGAAGUGGACGAAAAGUGGACCUGGCAUCUCCAAGACCCUUCGUUCGUGACCUGGCCAAACAAACAUGGGUCGACAAAGCUUCAAAUCUUUUCAUCAAAGCGUGUCACAAUUUUCGAGAAUGGCUACCAUCAUGCCCCGCGCAUAUCGCUCCGCCACCGAAUACCGUUUCGAUGAAGAACAAACCGACGCUAUUAUUCGAACCACCGCCUACCACCGCAGAGACUUCAAUCACUGCGCGAUCUGGUUCUCGGGGCGCGAGCGCAUCGAUUUUUGUUGGUCAAUAGGAACAUCUUUCCAGCGGACUGCAAAGGUCGGACCCGGCCACCUUGACCGGCUACCCCUCGAGCUAUUAUGUGAAAUUUUGCCCCGUCUCGAUAUGUAUUCCUUGUUCAAACUUCGACAAGUAAACCUCAGAUUAAGACAGGCGGUAGACUCUCUCAAACAGUAUCAGAGGGUCAUCACGCAUGCACUAAACAUUUUAGGCGCCUUGCUACGAACACGACUUGCCGUCAAUGUUUCUCUGUUCGACUUUGACAACGCAUUGUGUACCAAAACAUGCUUAUACUGCGGCGAGUUCGGCGGAUUUAUGUUGCUCCCAACUUGGAAGCGAUGCUGUAUCGAAUGCCUCCAGAGGUCUCUGAAUACCCAACUCCGGUCUCGGGUCUCAGUCCAAAAGCGAGUCCCGUUGACUAAACUCGAGCUCACCCAAAUGAGAUCAUUCGAGAGCUUGUCUGGACUACGCACUAUGUUAGAAACGGCACCCAAGUCCCACAUUACAAGCGUUCCUGCUCGUUCGAUCUCUUCGGCUUACCCAAUGCAACCGAACGCACUUGCGCAGGCCCAGCUGACGAGAUUUGGCCUAAUCCAAAUGCACAACGCUACGGGGUCAUGCGCACUUCCUUAUUAUGACAAAGAGACCGGCGAAGUUGAACGCGGAAUCUCGUGUGUCGGAUGUCAACGCGCUAUUGAAAGAGAGCUCUUCGGCACCAGGGGCACGAGACAGGGAUACGACGCUCGAGACAAAGUGUAUGCCCGGGACGGCUUUUUAGACCACUUUCGAUGGUGCAAGCAGGCACAGCUUCUUUGGAAAUCGAGUGGCGAAGGUAAAUAGCGGCCUCACGAACUACCUGUGUCCGCUCGGACAGGAGGCUACUUUUGAAGAAGGGAAGGAAAUGAUAAUCG